AUGCAGUCCCUGCAAUCAUUUGCUUUCAUUUUAAUAUUUGUAAUUCUUGCAUUUGAUGUUUGUGAAUCUGAUGAUUGUAGCAAUCCGUUGAAGAGCAUUAGUGUUAGUCAAUCAGGCAAAGCAGAUUUCAAGACAAUUCAAAGUGCCAUUGAUUCUGUCCCUGCAGGAAACUCUCAAUGGAUUCAUAUCCAAAUAUCCUCUGGUGUUUACAAAGAACAAGUCUUAAUUCCCAAAAACAAACCAUGCAUUUAUCUUGAAGGAGCUGGUAGCAAGUCCACAAGUAUAGAAUGGGGCUCUCAUGAAAAUGCUACUUUCGAUAUAAAAGCAAGCAAUACAAUUGCAAAGGGAAUAACUUUUACGAAUACAUUGAACAGGCCAGUAUUAUUAGACGUGGUUAACGUUGUACAAGCCAAAGCUGCGAAAAUCCAUGCAGAUAAAUGUGCUUUCUAUAGCUGUUCUUUUCUUGGGGUGCAAGAUACCAUAAAUGAUGACGAUGGUCGCCAUUACUACAAUAAUUGUUACAUACAAGGUUCAACCGAUUUCAUAUAUGGAAAUGGUCAAUCACUCUUUGAGGCAAGUACAAUAUAUUUUUCAAAUGGAAAAUCUGGUCUGCAGCAAGAUGGGGUUAUUACAGCACAAUAUAGAAAUUCACCAAAUGAUCCAAGUGGGUUUGUGUUUAAUAAUUGUAAGAUAAGAGGGGAAGGAGGGUAUAAGACUCAACUUGGAAGGCCUAUGAAAGCUUAUGCAAGAGUCAUCAUAGCAAAUUCUUACCUAUCAGAUGUUGUUAGGCCUGAGGGUUGGAGUCAGAGAACAUAUGUUGGCAAUGAAUCAACCCUUACUUUUGUGGAGGAGGGAUGCACAGGACCUGGAGCAGACAAAUCGAAACGCGUGAAAUGGAUGAAGAGCUUGAGUGGACCUGAACUUGAUAAAUUCUUGAGUCUCUCUUUUAUUGAUCAAGAAGGAUGGAUUUCAAAAUUGCCAACUAGCAUAUUCCAUUAA